UGGGGAAACUGCGCGCAGACCCUCACUAACUGCCUGCAGGCCACUUGCCUUCCCCGGGCUGCUGAACCCACAGCUGCAGGCAGAGACCAGAGGUGGAGGGCAGCAUGGCUAAGAGGGUGGCCAUCAUCGGAGGGGGCAGCAGCGGGCUGUGUGCCAUCAAAGCCUGCCUGCAGGAGUCAUUGGAGCCCAUCUGCUUCGAGAGGAGUGGGGACAUUGGAGGGCUCUGGAGGUUUGAGGAGCACCCCGAGGAGGGCCGCGCCAGCAUCUACCGCUCUGUCAUCAUAAACACCUCCAAGGAGAUGAUGUGCUUCAGCGACUUCCCCAUACCUGAGGACUUCCCCAACUACAUGCACAACUCCAAGGUCAUGGAGUACUUCCACAUGUACGCCCAGCACUUCGACCUGCUCCGCCACAUCCGAUUCAGGACCAGCGUGUGCCGCGUGUCCAAGCGCCCCGACUUUGCCAUCUCGGGCCAGUGGGAGGUGGUGACGGAGAGCGAGGGGAAGCAGGAGGCGGCCGUCUUUGAUGCUGUGCUGGUGUGCACCGGGCACCACACGGAGGCCCACCUCCCGCUGAGCACCUUCCCAGGAAUCAACAACUUCAAGGGCCACUACAUCCAUAGCCGAGACUACAAGGACACUCGGGACUUCACAGAUAAGAGGGUCGUUGUCAUUGGGAUCGGGAAUUCAGGGGGAGACCUGGCCGUGGAGAUCAGCCAAGCAGCCAAGCAGGUCUUCCUCAGCACCCGCCGUGGAGCUUGGAUCUUCAACCGUGUUGGAGAUCAGGGCUACCCCAUUGACACCAUCAUCACCACCCGCAGCAACGCGUUCCUGAAGAAGCUGCUGAGCCAGUCCAUUGUGAGCAACUCUGUGGAGAAGCAGCUGAACGCCAGGUUCAACCACUCACUCUACGGCCUGAAGCCAAAGCACAGGGUCCUUGACCAACACCCAACCAUCAAUGACGACCUGCCCAACCGCAUCAUUUCGGGCAGGGUGCUGGUGAAGCCAAACAUCCAGGAAUUCACAGAGACAUCUGCCAUCUUUGAAGAUGGUACCAGGGAAGACAUUGACGCUGUGGUCUUUGCCACAGGAUACAGCUUUUCCUUCCCCUUCCUCGAAGGCUGCGUGAAGGUGGUGGAGAACCAGAUUUCUCUCUACAAAUUCAUGUUCCCCCCUGACCUGGAGAAGCCAACACUGGCCUUCAUCGGCCUCAUUCAGCCCCUGGGUGCCAUCAUGCCCAUCUCUGAGCUCCAGUGUCGCUGGGCCACCCGCAUCUUCAAGGGGUUGAACAAGCUUCCCCCACGAAACUGCAUGGAGGCGGACAUCAAGCAGAAGAGAGAAGCAAUGGCAAAACAGUACGUGAAGAGCCAGCGGCACACCAUCCAGGUGGAUUACAUCCCCUAUAUGGAUGAGCUCGCCUGCCAGGUGGGGGUCAAGCCCAACCUGCUCACCCUCUUCCUCACCGACCCCAAGCUGGCACUGGAGGUAGCCUUCGGGCCCUGCACACCAUACCAGUACCGCCUGCGGGGCCCAGGCAAGUGGGCCGGUGCCAGGGAGGCCAUCCUCACCCAGCGGCAGCGCAUCAUCAAGCCCCUGCAGACACGGCUCGUGGAGGAGCACCCAUCAGCUCCCACCAUGCCCCUCUUCUUCAAGCUGGUUGGAGCUGUGGCCAUCCUCGCCAUCGGUUUUGCUUACCUGUAGGUGACCCACAAGUGUGGGAAGGGAUGUGCCGAGCAUGCAGGCUGUUCAUCCCCUGCCCCCUGGUAACCUGUGCACCCCAGUGCUGGCAGGACCUCUCCUCCUGCCCCACAUGGCCCCGCUGUGGCCACACCACAAGCCCAAGAUGCACAGAGCCUUUACAGCUCAUGAAAUAACACCCCAGCGCCCGAUCUCUGCCUUUCCCCAGGAAGACACAGGCAGGGACAGAAGAGGAAACCUGCUCAUGCACACAAUAAAAUCCAGUCCCUCUUAGCCUGCUCUUUCAACCCAGCAGGGACACACCAGGCUUUUCUGUCACCUCUAACCCAGCCAUGCCACCAUGGCACACUCACACAAGAGCUGAGCGGCAAAGGCACAGCAGACUUCCUAACUGGAUAAAUGUGUUAAACAGA